AUGGCAAAGGGCACGUUCUUCACCUCAUGGCAGCUAUGGGAGGAGAUGACAUUUGUCCUCGCGAUGGGCAUCGUCAUCGUUUUCUUUGUCGGCCUCAUCAAGCUAUGGGUGGCCAACCGCCACAUGCGAAAGUUCGAGCAGCUCGACGAAGAGAAGCAAGCACGCAUCGCGCAGAUGCGCAAGUCGGGCAUCUCGGCCAGCCGGAGGGCCCGGCUCGGGAGCGGAAUCCCGUUUGGGGUCAAGGCCCUCGAGAGUGGUGUCGAGGUCGAGGGCGUCUGGGUCGCCAGG